AUGUUGUCCACAGCAAAACAUGUUUUGGAGUCAUUUUUCAAAUACAAUAGAAAACCAAAUCUCGUGAAAAUUGCCAGAAGUUCGUCAACAGGUGCUUCUGCUAUUGUGGAACGCAAAGCACUGGUAGAUGGAGUUAACAUCAACUACGUGAAGACCGGAGUUGGAGAGCAUCCUGUUCUUUUAUUGCCUGGAGCUGUAGGAUCCAUUUGGACUGAUUUUAAGCCGCAAAUUGAAAAGCUUGACAAGGAAAAGUUGACUGUUGUUGCAUGGGAUCCUCCUGGAUAUGGAAAGUCCAGACCACCAAAUAGAACUUUUCCUGAAGACUUUUUUAGGAAAGAUGCAGCUUUGGCUUGCAACUUGAUGAAAACUCUCGGCUAUGAAAAGUUUUCCUUGGUUGGCUGGAGUGAUGGUGGAAUCACUGCACUCAUUAUAGCAGCCCAAUAUCCAGAAAAUGUCCAAAAAAUAGUUGUUUUUGGAGCGAAUUCAUACAUGGCGCCAUCGGAGAUCGAAACUUACGAAAAAAUAAGAGACAUAAAUACAUGGUCAGAGAGAAUGCGUGCUCCCAUGAUUGAAGUUUAUGGGGAAGAAUAUUUUAGAAAAACUUGGAGUGACUGGAUCGACGGUAUGAAGCUUAUUUAUCAAAAGAACAACGGAGAUAUCUGCAAGGCUGAUUUAACUAAAAUCAAAUGCCCAACUUUGAUAAUACACGGUCAAAAAGACGUAAUGGUGUUGCCUGAGCAUCCAGACUACUUGAAAUCUAAAAUCGAGAAUUCCAGGGUGGAAAUAUUUAAGUCCGGAGCGCAUAAUUUACAUUUGCGAUAUGCAGGAGAGUUUAAUGCAUUGGUAGAAAAAUUCCUCACUGAAUAGACGCCUGUAAGGUGCCGAACGAAGACUGUUGUUUUAUUUGCA